AUUGCUAAUACUAGUAGAAUGUAGUAUAUACUCCAAUUGGAUCUCAACUCAUUGUCGAAUUUGUUCAUGCAUUUUGACUUUUACUAAUCCAACUUUUUUCCCAAUCCGGCAAAUCACUACAACCGCCACACUAUAAAAAAAUAUGAAUCGAGACAAAGAACUAAACCUAGGUCGGUAAAUACUAUGGACUAGCCGUGUGUAUUAGACUAUUAGUACAGCUUUUCCCAUGUGCCAAUCACCCCAAGCCAAAGACAGAGCAACAUUGGAAUAUAUAUAAAAUAUGAUCCACAAAAUAUCAAACGAUGCCAAUGUUCCUAGCUUUAUAUUGUUGAAUCCGCAAAAUUUCACAAUAUAUUCUCUAUCUCUUCCACCAAAAACCUCUCACAAUCUUCUAUUGCAUUUUACGUCAUACUUUAAUAAUACUCGAAACAUUGUUCAAAUUAUCGCACGUCUGAACUGAGCUAUAUUCGUAAUCGAAAACUUACCAUAUGGCUCACCAAUCCUCUCUUCUUCUUCUUCUAAUAGCCAUCUUCCUCCCUCUCCACCUCCACUUCUCGGUCGCCGCCGACGUCAGAGGCGGCUACUGGUUCCCCGGCGGCGGGUUCCCGAUCUCCGACGUGGACUCGACCCUUUUCACACACCUCUUCUGCGCGUUCGCUGAUCUCGAUCCUUCCACCUAUGGAGUCACCAUUUCUCCACAGAACCAGCCUCAAUUCUCGAACUUUACUCCGACGGUGGCGAAGAGAAACCCUUCGGUGAAGACCCUUUUGUCGAUCGGCGGGGCAGGGGCCAAUUCCUCUGCUCUGGCUUACAUGGCCGGAGACCCGACGGCCCGCCAGGUGUUCUUCAAUUCGUCCAUGGACCUGGCCAGGAGUUACGGCUUCGAUGGGCUUGAUUUGGACUGGGAGUUUCCUGGCUCGGGGAAAGAGAUGGCGGAUUUUGGGACGUUGGUGGAUGAGUGGAGAGUUGCUGUGAAUGUUGAGGCUGUUAGGUCGGGGAAGCCACCGUUGAUUCUCUCGGCGGCGGUUUACUACUCGCCGUUUUACUCGUCGCCGUUGGUUGCUUACCCGGCUCAGAGCAUAACAAACAGUUUGGACUGGAUCAACGUGAUGGCCUACGAUUUCUACGCCCCGGGUUGGUCGCCGAACAUAACCGGACCACCCGCCGCCCUUUACAACCCGGACCAACCCAUCAACGUAGAUAUUGGGAUCACAACUUGGAUUCAACAGGGUUUGCCCGCAGAGAAAGUGGUCCUCGGCCUUCCCUUCUACGGCUACGCCUGGAGUCUCGUCGACUCGAACCAGACCGGCCUCUACGUACCGGCUAACGGGACGAACCAACCGUGGGGUGGAGCAAUGACCUAUAACCAGAUCAAUCAGUUCAUUGCACAGCAAAACGGUACGAAUAACGUGUUCAAUGCGACCGUCGUUUCGCAGUACUGCUACAGUGGCACCACGUGGAUUGGCUAUGAUGGUCUUGGUAGCAUAUUUGGGAAAGUUCUGUAUGCGAAGACGAAAGGGUUGGGUGGUUAUUUUGCUUGGCAUGUUGGUGCUGAUGAUAAUUGGAGCCUCUCAACUACAGCCUUGCAGACAUGGGGAGGAGCUUAAAUUCUGAUGAGAUACGAUGCAGCUCGAAUAGUGUUUAUAUGAUCACAUUUGCAUACAUGUAUUUCGUGUUUAUCGUUAUCUUAUCCGAAUCUCCUAUUUGAGGUCGUUGUUAAAUGUUUAAUUAUUGUGCCAUUUUCUAUUGUUGGCUUGAUCAAUAAGAAGAUAUUUUGUAAUGCGUUAUGAAACUAAACACAUUUUCGUAUA